CGGCGGCAGCGGCGGAGGCGGCGGCGGCCUGCGGCCGGCGGUGUAGACGCCCCCUUCCCGGGAGCCGGGACCCGCCGGCCGGGAGAAAAUUCUCAGGGAAACCAAAGCUGCACAAGACCUGGGACUUCCAUCCAAGUGCGUGGCUUCCACAGGGUGUUCUGUGCAGCGCCUUGCAGCUUCGCAGGCCUGAGUGCAGAAGCCUAUGCCAGGGCCUGAAGGAUGGGGCUUGGCGCCAGAGUAGACAAAACCUGAAGAAGAGGUCUGGAAAUUGCCACGCUUUUGACUCAUCUGCAGCUCAAGGGCACUAGGCAGGAAUUAAGAACAGUACCCGAGUGGCAGCAGAUGCUGUCCGCGACUUCAGUUCACGUCCCACACAGCCUGCCAGCAGAGGAGCAAAGAAUUCAGAUCAGACAGCAGCUGACCAACUCCACGACCUUGGAAAAGACACAGGCUUCUCCAGAUCUGUUACUGUAGAAGCAGCAAAUGAUGGGAGGUGUACUUUCAGGAAUGUGGAGUGGUGCCCAGAAUAUCAGAGCAUUGGAAACAACCAUAUUUUGGGAUCAUACACCUACUGUGGUGGUGUAUCAAAAAAGAUGAUGCAGUAUACGUCCAAGAAGUAACUGCUUCUCUGCCAGUCACAGAGUGAAAUGAAGGAUGACCCCUAAGGAUUUUAUCAUGUGAAGUUUUCUGGAUUUUCUGGAUUUCUCUUUUCAGAAAUGCAGAUAAAGAAGAUGAAGGAUAUUGGACAGCAGUUAUAUCCUACACAAGUGAAUGAUGGACAUAAUUCCUUGACCAUGUCACCCAAACAACCUAAUGCUAAUAGGGUGACUCGACCAGACAGACAAGAAGCGCAAGCUCUUUUGUGUCAAGGCUCAGAGGCCGAGGCUGCUGUGAUGACCGUUGCUACGUGUAUAAAGUGCAAAAGUGUUCACAAAAUCCCGCUUCAAGAUCUGAAGAAGGGUACCGGGCCAAGCCAAAAGGAAGACAAAUAUGUUUGCUUCAAAUGCAGCCUUGGCAUGGCUACUUCCCAUUUUCAUUUUGUGAACAGUAAUCCGAGUGCAACUCACGUAGGAAAUAAAGCGGAGACCAUCUCAAGUCCCGUCAGUAACAAAUUUAAGGUAAGGAACUUUAAGCCAGGCAAAUACUAUUGUGAUAAAUGUCGAUUUUCCACAAAGGACCCUCUGCAGUACAAAAAGCACACACUUCAACAUGAAGAGAUUAAAUUCAUCUGUUCUCACUGCAGCUACAUUUCCUACACAAAAGGAGAGUUUCAGAGGCACUUGGUGAAACACACAGGCAUAUUCCCUUACCAGUGUGAGUACUGCGACUAUGGUGCUAUUAGAAACGACUAUAUUGUCAAACACAGGAGGAGAGUGCACGAGCGGGCUGGUGGAAAGCGGCCGCCCAAAACCGUUGCCAAGCUGGAGCCGAAAAGAACCAGCACAUCCAAACAAAACACAGAGCUUUUAAAAGCUCCCAAUCCAAGGACUGCAUUUCAAAAUAAGUUGUCAGACCAGCUCUCAAGGUUCUCCCUCCACACAAAUAAAGACAAAAUGCACAACAUCAUGUUGCUGCCUGAAUCUGAGGAAUACCAGAAAGACGUCGUGUGCAUUCCAAAUAAAGUGGCCUUGUCGGAGCCGAACGAGGGCAGUCUGUUUGAGAACAAAAGCGUGGAGGUGGAAGUGCUGUCCCCUGCAAAAGAGCCUGUCCAGCCAGGGAUGCCCUUAACGGUUGUGGCACCGGCGGAGCUAGUCGUGCCUGCAAACUGUUUAGCCCAGUUGAUGGAUGUGAAGGUCGUCAAUGGGACCCAGCAGCUUGUCCUGAAACUGUUUCCUCUGGAAGAAAGUAACCGCCCUGAAACUAGUGGGGCUGAAGGAGGGAGGUCUGAGCGUGUGACUAAAGAGAAGGGUUCAACCGAACAGGAAAAAAUGUUUUCUGCAGGACAUACAAAGUCACUGCCAAUGGAAGGGAAUGUCGGGAAACUCGCAGGCUUUGAUAAUCUUCAUCCUGCAGUUCAGAGACAACUUAAAAAUGUGAAGUGGGUGAGGUCUUAUGACUUUUUCAUGUCAAAUUCUAGUGUGCACAACCGUGGACAAUCCCUCCUCAGCCCAGAUACAGUUGAGGAUUUCCAGAAAAGAAGUAGUACGUACCCACAUAGGUCGGCUCUUCCAUCUCUCUCCUUAAAAGGUCAUUCUCCAUCAUCUGUCAUAAAAAACAGUGUUUUACAUGGUCUCCGAACUGCAUCAAACCCUUUUCCAUAUAAAGCUGCUGUUUCUUUUACUGAGGAUGGAAGACAUUUACACGGUGACUCACAGCCAUUCUUCCCUCUUGCCGCACCACCUGCAACUGUGUCCUCUGGGGACAAAGGCUUACUGCCUGUGAGUACAAAUCUCUUGGAAUCUAGAAAUGAGAUCAGUAUUCCUGUAAAAAUGGCUCCCUCCCAUAGGAAGCUGAAGGACAGGCAGAUGGAGGAACAUAAGGCAGGUUCAAAUACAGGCCAGAUUUCCUCUCAAUGCAAAAGUGAGUAUUUACACAUAAGUAUACCCGGAGAAGAUAGCAUCAGGUCUCAGCCGCCCAGGGAGGAGCCUCUGGAACUAAAGAACCCUGAGAGGACCAAAGACUCUUUUGAUGGCCCAGUCAUCUCAUCAGUAUUUUCUCUGAGCUCUGGGUCCGAAAACGUUCCUGAGGGCGUUAAAUGGAAUAGUUCCACAUCCAAAAUAAAGUCAAUUGAACUCUUGCGCAGAAAGAUAGCUCAAUUAAUUGAAUCCUGUGGCAAGCCUUCGUCUUUGUCUGCAAAUAAUGCACAUCGCCGUUCUGUAGGACAGGCAUCAAAGGGAACCUCAAAAGCUGCCCCUGAGGGUAUUCAUGAAAUUAAUGUGUCAUUUACUGGCCCUGGCUACUCCACAGGCUCACUCCCCAAACCUCAGGAUGACAGUGGUAUUAAUGGACAGCUUACUCCUCAGCAAAUGUAUCCACAGUUUAUAGAAGACAGCAGUGGGAAAACUGAAAGCAGGACGACCAGGAAGGCGCAUGUUGCUACUCCAGUAUUGAUCCCCAAAGGAGCUGUGUUGAGGGUUCUUAAUUCUUCUGAGGAUGCCCACAUUAUAGAGGCUACGUGUGAAGCACCCGUCAACAUACCUUGCAGUGAGACACAGUUAAUAAAACCCGUUCCGCUCUGCCCAGUGAGACAGACAGACUCAGACUUACAAUCUUUGACAAGUAAAAGUGGGCCAGUAGAUGUGUCCCAAAAUCUUGAUAUACCUCUUCGGCCAAAACCAAGGAAAGAGAGUGCUACUUGUAGCACCAUGCCUAAAAAAACCGGCCCUCUACAUAGUCAGCAAGGAAGCAGUGAACCAAGUAAGCAAGGGAAACUGCUCCCCAGAAGUCUUCCUAUAAGUAAAAAUAAAACCAAACAAGUGAGCUCAUCCAAGAAGAAAACCAAAAUCCAGGCAGAUCCCAGCCGCUAUCUCAAGGAUCCUUCAAUUUUUCAGGUCGCAAGACAACUUCGGCUGAUAGCGGCUAAACCAGACCAGUUGAUUAAAUGCCCCCGUCGGAACCAGCCCGUCAUUGUGUUAAACCAUCCUGACGUUGACUCACCAGAAGUGACCAAUGUGAUGAAGGUAAUAAACAAGUACAAAGGCAACGUCCUCAAAGUCGUCUUAUCAGAAAGAACUAGGUGUCAGUUAGGCAUCAGACGGCAUCAUGUCCGCCUGACCUACCAGAAUGCGGAGGAAGCCAAUCAAAUAAAAAGGCAAAUGAUGUUGAAAAUGAAACUUAAAAAGGUUCAUAAAAACAACUACCAGGUGGUGGAUUCCUUGCCUGAUGACUCAUCACAGUGUAUAUUUAAGUGCUGGUUUUGUGGGCGGCUGUAUGAAGACCAGGAGGAGUGGAUGAGUCACGGCCAACGGCAUUUGAUAGAAGCUACUAGAGAUUGGGAUGUUCUUUCCUCCAAGGGAAAUAAGUAAAAAAAAAAAAAAAAAAGCAAGUCUUUGAAGCAAAUUGUUUUUCUUACUUUUAGUUUGGUUUUUGUUUUUGUUUUUUUCCCCUCCCUGACUCAGUAGGAGAAAAAGAGAUUGUAGGGAUGGAGAGUCCUCAGUUCUUCAGAACCCUUGUAGGAAUGUUGAGAGCCAGGAGUCUUGACCUGAGAUAAGUGACUGGACCUUGGAAGGUAUUUGAGGCCCCCGAAAUUACGCACAAAUCCACAUACAUGCAUUUUCCUGGAGAGGAGUGAAACUUGCAGAUUUCCAGUGGGAUCUGAGACUGCUUUGUUUAGCACCCCUUUUCUGAGUACAUACAAAUUUGUUGUAAUCUAUUCAGAAGGGCGAGUUUAGAGUGUUUUACACAUGCUCUUUACAUAACAGAAUGCCACUGAGGGAUUAAACCCAGAUGUUGGUAUGCACAGCCAUCUCAUUAAGUCAUGUGCAGACUGUUCGGUGCAUAAUGGAAAUUAAACUCUCUACUUUGUUAUCUUAAAUUUGGUUGUAGAAAACUGGCUAUUCUUUUCGAUUCCUCACCCACUGUGCAGUACUUGUGUCAUUUACAGCACAGAGCACUGUGCUGUUGGCCAUUUUAAAGAAUGACUCCAGGGUUUGCCUGAAUUUGCUACUGUAGAUGUUAGGGGAGGAAAGAAACAUUUCCAAACCUUUGCUUUCUUUUUAAAUAUCCUGAUUUAUGACAGUUGAGGGAAUGUGCCUUUUUCAAAAAAAAAAAAAAAAGGAAUGGUCACAGAGGAAAGAUCUAGAACUAAGGCUCCUGUUUGCCCUUAACCACCGUCACAACCAUAAACUGAUUUACGAUGUGAAUGAACAGGCGUCUGGUGACACUGGGGAAGACAAUUCAAGGUAGGGUGGUGAAGACAGUUAUGACUUUAACGUGACUAUCAGUUUUCAUCUGAGAAUUCACAGACCACGGGUGAAGGCUGCACACACUUCCUCCAUCUCUUACGGGUCACAGACACUGCCCCCCCCCCCCCCCCCCCGCGGGCCCCAGCUCAUAUCCUGCUCUCGCUUUGCCAACUUCCUGAACAGACCUUCCUAUGAAGUAGGAUGCUUCCCUACUCGUCUCCUGUCCCCUUCCUUUUGUGCCUUUGAGGCCCCUUGAGGCUUUCCCUCAUGAAAAUACUAAAAACAGGCAGGAAUCACCAAAAGGGAAGCAUCCCGCCAUCUUUGUCGAGGUUAUAGGAAAAGGAUGCCUGGUUUUCAUCAACAGUCACGCCACAUCCCUCUCACUCACCUUUCUGAGGUAGUAACUCUCAAGAAUGUCUGCAGCCCUCUCCACCGACAGAUGCCAGGACCACGGCUGGUCCACACGGCACCUUCGGGUGCGUUAGGAAGUCCUCCCAUAUAGAUGGUCUGGCAGAGGGAGCUCGGACUGGACAUACUCCUCACUUAACCCACUCAGCCAGGCACCAGCCACCACACAGAACACGGAUGGGACAGCCACAAGACAGCCCCACCUCCAUGUUUUCCUCCCUUUAAGACUGCUCCUUCCAUAGGGAAUUGGUUAGUGCAGUGAAUGAAAUGGGGGGCCGUUCUGUCUAAAAAAGACCUGAGUGAGAUUUCCAUCGUGUUGGUUAGUUGGAACUUUUUUUUUUUUACAUGUGUGAAAGAUUAUGUUCUGAUAGAUGGGAUGGUAAUUCUUUGUAGUUCUCAUUACAGAUAAUCAACAUUUCUUAUGUAUAAUUGAAUACAUAAUCAUUAAGUUGACUAAUUGGUUAAUUUUUAUUGAAAUUUAAAACUUGGUUUUUUUUUAUAUGUGUAUAUAUGCGUGUGUGUACACAUAUAAAUAUUUUUUACCAUAAAAAACUGCAGUAGCUAAUUUUCUGAUUUCCUAUUUUAUAACGAAAUUAUGUGGGCUGGAAAAAUAUAAGAUGUUUUAUAUUCUAGAAAUUAUUUUGGAAGCACAUUUUUAUAAUGGUGUGAUCUCAUUUUUAGCAGAUGAAAGCACAAGUGAUGAGUCUGAUUUAUAUGAACAAACAGGAGUGGAAACCACUGAGAAUCAUUUCAUUUCAGUAUUUCCUCCCCCAUGCAUUUCCAGUUGGUGCUUUUUGGGAAAUGGAUCCUGUGUAACCACUCACUUUACCACCUAGAGGAGAGGAUUCUGCAAUGUAGCAUGUGUAGAUGUGUACCCUGCCAGGAGUUAGAAGGCUCCUAAGAAGUUGAGAGAAGAAGAAAAAGGCUGUGAUUUUUGUUUGUUUGUUUUUCUCCUUCUAUACCUCACUGCUUAGUACCAUCUCUCUUGAGAGGCUUGACUAUGACCUGUCAGGAAAGAUGACCAUGAAUCAGGUCAGUGUUAAGUGUCAACAUGAAAUAUUUAUACUUUGCAGCAUCAACCGUUUUUCAAGUAUUACCUAAAAUUCAGCUAUGUACUUGUAUGGAGCUAAAUUUUAUGAGUAGACCAUGUAGCUAAGUUUUUGGGGGAUUUCCAGAACUACAGUACUUUUUAAGAAAUUGAGAGGGCUCCUGAAAGUCAUAAAAAAAUGAGAAAGCAAAACGUCUGUCCUCCGUAUAUAAAGAACUUUAGCAAAUAGCUUGUUAACAUGUAGAUAAAUGUCAUUAGAUAAACAUUUCUAACAAAAUUGGACAAGGUAGGGGUAGAAAUGUGCUGAGUAUUUAUGGACUCCUACCUUGAUUUUGAAGGACCUAUACUCACUAAAUUUUAUUAAUAGUAUUUACCAAGAAAAUCAUUUUAAACAUUUCUUAAGGUAGAGUUUAUUAAAUUUUGGGGGUCAGAAAUCAGAUGGUCUUAUAUUUAUGCUAUGACAAAGAGUGAAAAAUUUCUUUAAAAAAAUGACCUCACAGUCUCAUGGGUGGGUCAUAUUUUACCCCAAUUGUUAUCCCCAGCCCAAAACAUUUUGUGAGCCCUACUAUGGGCCAAAUGCUAUUUGUUAAACUAAACUGAACACAGUAUAUUAGCCCUGAAAAGCCCCAUCCCUUUUUCUUCAUGACCUACUAAAUAAACCAUCCCAGAAAAUGAGGAUGUGAUGUGGCUCGGCCUUUGGGAUAAUUUUUGAAUGUGUAAAUGUCAGUAUGAGCAGAAAACAAAAUAUUGCAUAACAUGUUUUAAGCAUUAUUGUAAGUCCUGUGUUAACAGUUUUGCGUCUGCUGCUCUGGUUUUGAAACACAUUUGUAUAUAGAUAGAGAUGUUGGCGUAACUUUUGUUAAAUAAAGCAACUGUAAAAUGUU